AAUAUUGCCAUUCUUAGAUAAAACGCCCUCUCUAAAAUUGCUUGUUCGUUGUGGUGUGAUCUAUCGAGGACGUCCGCAGAAACCAUGUCUGACGCGGAAGGAGACGAUCAAACCACCGCAGCUGCGGCUGCUGCCGUUCCCAGCGGACCUAUGGAUGUGAACACUGCUCUACAAGAAGUGCUCAAAACAUCCCUCAUCCACGAUGGAUUAGGCAGAGGUCUCCAUGAGGCUGCCAAGGCCUUGGACAAACGUCAGGCCCAUCUGUGUGUUCUCGCCAAUAACUGCGACGAGGGUAUGUACAAGAAACUGGUGGAAGCUCUCUGUGCUGAACACUCCAUCAACCUUCUCAAGGUCGAUGACAAUAAGAAGCUUGGUGAGUGGGCCGGUCUCUGCAAGAUUGACAGAGAAGGAAAAGCCAGGAAGGUGGUUGCAUGUAGCUGUGUGGUCGUCAAGGACUAUGGUAAAGAAUCUGCCGCUGUUGAUGUCCUCAAUGACUACUUCAAGGGAAGAUAAACCCUCAGAAACAGUCUACCGACAACCACCCUCUAAUAUGUGACUCCUGGAAACACUUUUUGUGAAAUGAAUUUAACACCAAUAACAUUGUUCACAUCCAUAGGGAAAUGGUUGACAAUAAAACAAAUAUAAUAGAAGCAAAGUAA